AUGCGUCCCGCGAAAGCCAAAAAGGUGAAAUCUUGCUCAAGAGAUGCAAUCAGCUCUUUGCCAGAUGAGGUUCUUGCUCAGAUCUUGUCCUUUCUCCCCACGAAACGAGCUGUUUCUACAUCUGUUCUCUCCAAAAGGUGGAGGGAUCUGUUUCCAUUGAUGAAUCAUCUCUUUGCUUCUCAACAUCAUCUCUGUUUAGACGACUCUGAUUUACUGUACCCUGAGGAGGAGGGUAAGAAAACACUUUCCGGUUUUCGUGGAAAGUGUUUUCCGGUUUACUGUAUCCUGAGGAGGAAAGAUGUGCACCAGAGCUUCAGGGAUUUCGUGGAAAAAACACUUUCCGGUUGCAAAUCCGUAAAGAAACUGUCGCUAAAAUGUCAAGAUGGCUUUAUGUGUUUCGCUCUUGCCGAAAAAUGGAUACGCAUAGCAUUGGAACGAGGUCUCGUGGAUCUUGAUCUGCGUCUAACAACGAGUUCGUACGAGGAGGCAUCACGUUUCCCUCGUAGUAUUGUCUUCAGGAACAAGACGCUGGUUAAGCUAACUCUAGGAAUAGAUUUUGGUCAUAUUCCUAUAUCAUUUUCACAAGAGCCUCCGUUUCUUCCAGUGCUAAAGAGCCUCGUCAUCUAUGGAGUUGGGUUUAGAUGCUAUCAAUUUUGCUGGUAUAUGCUUCCUGCUUGUCCAGUGCUUGAGGAACUAUCCUUACAAUAUGACUUAUGCCGUGAGAAAAUAGGCACUGCACCAGAAUUAAGAAUAUCCCACCAAACCCUCAAGAGACUCACAGUUCACUACAAUAACUGUUUUAGCUGCUCUGGAAGCGCCAGAUUCGACACACCGAGUCUUGUUUACCUUGACUUCUCUGGUCUCUCCCCUGUGGAUUAUUAUUCAACUGCCAGUUUCUUGGAUUCCCUUGUCGAAGCCAAACUAGAUGUUGGUUUGAAUCCGAAAUUUAUUCAAUACACUAGUGUAUCUACAAUCAUUAGUUGGAUGAGCAACGUUAAGAGCCUUUCCCUGUCUUCUACAUCUGUUAAGGCCAUGUGUUCACGCCGUCCGGUGUUACCUUCGUUUGUAAACCUUGUUAAGCUUUCUGUAGAGAGUGAUGUUACAAAAGAACGGUGGAAAGUGCUUCCGAGACUGCUCAACAAAUCUCCAAAGCUAGAAACUUUGGUCCUCAAGGGAGUGUACAUUGAUCCAAGUGAAGUGAAGGUGUUGAAGAUAUAUGGGUUCAGUAGAGGGAGUGGUGGAGAGUUCAGACGAUCCAAGCGCUUUUUCCUGAAAAUGCAGAUUUUUCAAAAGAUGAAAGCGGAAAUUGAGGCUGAUGAUAACAAGAUUCUGCAACUCGUCAGUAAGAUUCUUACUCGUCGUAAGAAACGAUAGACUAGUCACUUUUGGUUUUGGUUCGUAUGCACUCAAAAACUUUAAGAUUUUGC